GUUUUUUAAGAGGGACAUUUGACUGGUGCAAAAAUGCCCGAGUUCUAAGCUGAUAGCUGUAGCAAGUUAGGAACCAUGUUUCCUUGUCGCAACCACUCUGCAACAGACAUCUGCGACAGGAAGGCUAGUUCUCUCUCUCAGAAUCUCUCUCCACUUUAGUGAUAUUGUGAUGGUUAUGGAAUUCAAAGCCGACAAAUCUUUAUCUUUCUCUCUCUCUCUCUCUCUUCUCCACCCUGAUAAUAUUGCGAUGAUACUGGAGAUGGAGAUCGAUGAUUAAGUUUGGAAUCAAUAAAAGGGAUGAUGAAUAUGGGAGAUUGGAUCGGUGAUUUCAGAAGUCGCGGACAAAUUUAUAUUUUAGACAUGUGAAUGUGAAAAGUUAAUAAUAAUAUUAUGAUACUAUAUUUUAUAUCGAGAAUAACAAAAUUAACAAUGUAUAAUUUAUUCAACAUCAAUUAAUAGAAUAUCAAUUUAAUUUAUGCUAUGUACAUUAUACACACAAAAAAAAUCGAAAACAUCAAGGCGCCUGAAGUGAGACCCAAACAUGGUUCUCACUUCAAGCCAUUGUCCGGGUCUCCAUCAAAGGCCUUUCUACUUCCGGUUGAAUGUGUGGGCUAGACUUUUUUGGGCCUUAAAAAAUAAUUUUCCAUAGUAAAUAGAAGCUCGAUAUGAACCUGGGACCGAUCGACAAUUCAACCAUUGGUUGUUGUCUUCUAAUCGUAGGCAGAAAGGUCGUGCACCUACGUACAAGUACGAGUGAGCACAAGCAAUAUUAUCCUCCAUAAAUAUAAGGGUGUGUAUAUAUAUAUAUAUAUAUAUAUAUAAUAUUAUAUACACACACUCAGAAACUGUUGCCUUCACACCAGUGCAAUGGUUGUGCCCUCGGGAACUAAUUCCUUCAACAAGGAGAUGGCCAUCAGAAGGCGGAUUGCCAGCAUAUUUAAUAAAAGAGAGGACGAUUUUCCAUCACUGAGAGAAUACAAUGAUUACUUGGAGGAAGUGGAAGACAUGACAUUCAACUUGAUCGAAGGAAUUGAUGUUCCUGCUAUUGAUGCGAAAAUUGAGCACUACAAGAAAGAAAAUGCUGAACAAAUAAUAAAUGCUCAAGCUCGUAAGGCUGAAGAAUAUGCAGCGGCACUGGUAGCAAGCAAGGUACUGCCUGCACAGAUUGAUAGUGAUGCGGGCACGAGCCAGAGCUCUAAAGGUGGCAUUGGUGCUGGUUCUCAGGGGCAUUAUGCACCUGCAAUUGCCGGAGGUGGAAUUGCACAGCCACGCCCCACAAGCAUGGCACAGCAACCUAUCCCAAUUGGACCUGGGAUUGGCAUGCAAGGGCAUGCUUUUGACGAUGAAGAAAUGAUGAGACUCCGAGCAGAGAGAGGUGGAAAGGCAGGAGGGUGGAGUGUAGAAUUUAGCAAGAAACGGGCCCUUGAAGAAGCCUUCGGAAGCAUUUGGAUUUGAUUUUUAGUAUACAUCUUGCUUUGCUGCGCAAUUUGCUCCUUUACGUGAGGCAGGCAACACCAUUCGGUUGGAUGCUGUCAUGAGAGAAGUUUUUGUACUCUCACAGUUGAAUGUAACUAUAUAUCAUUAUUAUCAUAUGUUCUGUACAAUGUAACUAUAUAUCAUUAUUAUCGUAUGUUCUGUACGGUUAGUAUUUA